AUUCGACCAAAGCGGCAAAGCACGAGUUACAGCGGCCAAGGAGGGACUACCGCAACAGCAGAGACACGCCUUGAUAGACAGAGCACGACUGCGCCACCGGUGGGCCCAGCAAUUUCACGCAGAGCCAAUUCCAGUGUAGCUGUGCAGAACAAUCGAGGCGCGCGGUCAGCAAGGAUGAGCUCCAACACCGAUAAAGACGAGCUCUGGGUCUCCGACGCCGCCACGAAGACCUGCUUCGGCUGCGAGCGCGUCUUUGCGGUGGCGCGGCGGCGGCACCACUGCCGGCGGUGCGGCGGCGUCUUCUGCGGGUCGUGCGCGCGCAAUGCACUGAAAAACGACGACGAGAAGGACGAGCGCGUCUGCGACGGCUGCUGGACGGCGCAUCACGAAAAACUCCUGGGGCAAUCGGACGAAGAGAAGCGCCAGGCUUCGAAUUCGAAGCUGAGACGGUUUGUGGACGAGGGGAGCCUCGUCGUAAACGACGACGAGAAGGUGCGGGUGUUUUUUGCUGAUGGAAGUUGUAAGGUCUUUCCGAUCCACGCGACGGAGACCCUAGCUGUCUUGUCGAGACGGUGCGGGAGGUAUCUAGGGUUGAGUGCGGCAGUCGAUGUCGUGCUGGUGGCGUCGACGGAUACUGGGUUGUUACCGGUGGAUUCCUCGCACUGUAUAAUAGACGUCCUGAACCGGUGGCGCAUCUCGUCGCAAGCGAAGACGCAAUUGUUAUACCCGGCGUCGAAGCCUUCCACAACUUUCGAUACUGAUGAUCAGGACGACUUCGAGCUGCAUAUCCAACAGUCGCGGUUGGACGCGAGGGCGGAUGUCCGAAGGUGGACCCUGGCGCCCGUGCGCGAAUGCCAGGUUUCUGUGAGAGUGGAGCGGUCUCUGGUCAGGUGGGCGGGGCCGGACAAACACACGUCGGGCGAACUCAUGCAUGCCGAGCUCGUGCGAAGCGUCUGCGGCGCGGACGCGUCUUGUGUGGUGCUCGUGCAGCGGGGCGGGCCGCGCGUCGUGUUUCGAGCUUCAGAUCCCCUGGAGGCGCGGCGGUUUCGGAGGCGCGUCGAUGCGCGACGAAGUGAUUCUGUGCGCGUCGAGACGAAGGAGGAUAGUACCUCGGAAGAGGAAGACGAGGAGGACGCGGAAGACGCCCUACAAGCGGUGGAACGGGCCCGACAGCACGUCGACCGGGCCUCGGUCUGCGCUGCCCGGGCCGCCGCUAGGAGGACCGCGUCCGCUUCGACGGUCGCGCAGCACCACGCCCUGGCGGAUUCACUGAGAGCGCUAGCCUCCGAGGCGUCCCAAGCGGCGGAGGUCGCGGCGGCGGCGAGCAUUGCAAGUGCAGCCAAGGCUGUGGCUGCGUGCGCGUUGCUGCCGGGGCAAAGAGGGGCGUCUCCAUCAGAUGCGGCGAAGGCGGCAAAGGCGGUCCAAGAUGACACUGAGAGGCGCGACGCCUGGCGGCGCGCGUUGAGUAGAGCGGGCGAGCGCUGCGAGAACGCGCCGACGGCUGCGUCCGCAGUAGCUCUACAUGCCAAGGCUUGUAGGAAUGUCCUCGACCACGGCGGCGCGUCGGGCCGGGAAGCUGUUUUAUUAGAGGCCGUGCCGCGGCUGCGUCUGAGAGCUGAGGACGCCCAAAAACGGGCGGCGGAUUGUGACAGUACCGACCGCGUCGACCCUUUAUUAAGGUGGGCCUCGGCGCUCCCGGACGACGCCUCCGUCCAAGCCAUCGUCUCUGAUUUGUCAGCGCUGCGCGCGCGCGCCGCGGCUUCUGAUGUGGCUGCGCGAUCAACCCCUGCCGAGGCCGCCAAGACCGCGAAACGGCUCGUGGACGAGUGUCCCGCGACCGCACGACCGGCGACGGCGGAAGCUUGUUUACAGGCGCUCGCCGACGCGGCGACGAAGCCCUCAUCAUCUACGGCUCACGCCGCCGCGGCGUUGAAACGCCUCUCUCAUAUCCGGCAUUUUGCGGCCGAGUGGGGCCUCGCGAUGCCGCCUGGUGUCGGUGCACAUGUGCAGGAAGCAACUUCCUCCUCAGUGGUGGCUUUUACGCUGACGGCUUCGUCCGUUGCGGAGAGUGCGCGCCAAUUAACGCAAGCGCUGAACGCCGUCCAAGCGCUGGAGCCCGACGACGCGGACCGGGCCUUCGUGGCCGCCUGUGCGUUGGAACGCGUCGCGAUGCGUUGUUUAGCUCUACGGCUGGACCGCGUCGACAAAAUAGCGCGGCCCUCCAUACAACGAGGCACGUCGGCUUUUGAAAGGGCGGCGAUGCACGCGCAGGCUUCGGUACGGCCGCCGACCCAAGCGGAGCUCGUCGCCUCGGCGUUCGUGCGGGAUUCUGCCGCUUUAGAUACAGCCGCGCGCGGCGCCUUGGAAGAUGAUUCAAGACGACGGGACGCCCUGCACGCGCAUGACGUCUGUGCUCGAUUGUGCGCUGGGGACGCGGAGGGGUUUGCCGACGCCUUCCGGCCGUCGGAUGCCGAAAGUGCUUUGAAGGCGGUGAUGGCUCUAGCUGAGCUCACGGAUGAGGAGUUGACGGAGAAGGCGUCGGCGCGGCGGUCGUCCACCGUCGCGCUAGGUCUAUUGCCAGCGUUACCGUUGGAGUCCCUCGCGCCAUCACCACCACCGAAGACGCCGCCGAAGCCGCCCUCGAGCGACUACGCGUCGGCGCUCUCGUCCGUGUCUGAUGGCGGGAACCCGCACCUGCUGCGGCGCGGCAGCUUCGACGCGCGGCCGAAUCGGUGGGGCGAGACUGUGGUGUGAAAUAUAAGACAACA